UGGAACAAAAGUUAAAAUCAUAAAACCCUAACAAAAUCCUAGCUCAACAGAAGCAUAGCAAAAUGAAGAGAGUAUCAGCUAAAGUUGAAUCUACAAUCCCAAUCUCUCUCUCCGCCGCAGCAAAAUCCCUCUCCAAGUUUGCUGCAUCAGAUCAUGAAGCUUCACAUGCUGUUUCAUUAUAUCUCCAAAGUGCUGCCGAUUCAUUCAACAGGCUUGUUAAGAUUCAGCAGAAACUCAGUGUGAAAAAGGAGCAUGAUGUCAAAGUUGAAGAGAUUUCAGAAAAGAAUGAAGAUAUCCCAAAUGGGUUCCGAGAAAACAAGAAAAGCAAGAAUCUUGUCAAGGAAGAAAACUCGGAAGCUGAGCCAAAGACCAAAAAUUCAUCAAAAAUUGAUAAAGUGAAGGGUCAUAAGUUGAUCAAGACUGAACCAAAACUCGAUAUAGGGGAAGAAGAGAUUGAAAAAUCCAACAAAAAUGAGCUGGAGUCUGUUAAAAUAGUUAGGGAGCUGGAGUUGAAGGAAGUUAAGGAAGAUAGUAUGACGAGUAGAGAUAAGAAGAAGAAGAAGAAAAAGAAGGAUAGAGACGAGGUGGUGAAGGUGGAACAAGAUGGGAAGAGUAUGGAUACUGAUGCUGGUUCUGCUUCAGCCGAGCAGAGUAGCAAGAAAAAGAGUAAAAAGAGAAGAAUUGAAGGAGAUGAGUAAUUGAAUUUCGUUGAGACUUGUUGCUGUUGUUGAGGAUUAGAGUUAGUGUAACACCUGCGGAAAUCCUCACUGUUCAACUCUUUAUAACUACCAAGUAGUUAGGAGGAUGCAACUUCUAAAUUUAUACUUCUUGGGUCAAAUCUAAAAGAUGAACUCAAUAAUGAAGGUAACAAUAUGAAUUGAAAUGGUUGCUGCUUGCGGGGAGCUUGUACAUGACACUGGGAGAGGAGUACAUGGUGGGUUUAUCUCCUUUACGUACAUUGUAAAUCUGUCUGCCUAGAAAUAUUUCGCGCUUAAUGCAUUGAGAGUGAUGAUGUAGAUGAAGCAAAGUGCAAGGGUUUGGAAAAAUACAGGACAUAGGCCGGUGGGACUGCAAACUUGUCAAGAAAAUUGUACGUUUUACUUCCUUUACUCAAGAUACUGAACGGAUUUCUUGCUUUUGAAACCGGAUAAUUCUUAAUUGUGUAUUUUCUAGGCGACUAAUUCAAGGCAUAAUAAUGGAAACCAAGUACCUUUAUAUUCGCACAUGCUGCUGCAUUUUAUAACAUAUCUGUACUCAGGUAUAGGUGUUGUAACACGUCUACAUGCUUAGACUUAAAUAGAGCUGCUGGUCAGUCUAAUUGACAUGUUUUGCGUUUUGGUGAAAUACUUCGUGUUAGUCCUUUUAGUGUUCUAAACUAUAUUUUAAGACAAUUAUUUUUCUGUGAAUCGUAAGCUUUAGCACAUAAUCGUAAAUCUAAACUUGUUUUGCAUCAAUGUUUUUAUUGUAAGACCUUAAUACAAUUACAACCUCAUACAUGUCUUAUUUCCUAGAGAAGUCUCCGGAAUAAGAAAUAACACUCUAGCAUUCCAUUUUUUAUCUUUUGUCAUGGCCUACAAAAAAUUGCCCUAAAUAGAUGCAAGAUAUCUAAGUUGCACUUGCUAAGAGGUUCUGUGACAGCUUUUCAUAUCGGAAAUGAUCCUUCAUAGAGUCAUCUGCAGACCAAAUAAAGAUACCGUGAAGCUUUCCCUGGCUCCUUAGUAUGGUGCAUGCAUCAAAGAAUCCAUGUUCAGGAGACAAGCCGCCAAUAUUAUUAGUUCCAAAACUCACAAGAAUCUUGCCUCCUUUAUAGUUACAUCUCUGUGUUUCAAAGUACUGCAGGAAUUGAGGAAUGAUUGUGCCCUUCGCAUAGGCAUAAAAUUGGAAGUUGACAUAGUCUAUGAGAUGACCAUACUUUCUCCAGAGUGCUAAAUAAUGCACCUGCACUGAAUCAUCUGCAUAUGGUGCUAUUGAUGUGUAAGAGAUGACAUUGUUUUGUUUGAGGAAGUACAACAGUCGCCCGAUGCACUCUGCAAAUGUAUCUGGAUCUACAUUGAAGUGUUCAUAAUCUAUAUCUAUUGCAUCCAGGUUAUACUCUUUCGCUAUCUUGGUGAUUGAAUAUAUUGCAUUUCUCACCCAAGAUGUAAUUGAUGUAGGAGCAAAGGUAGCAUUUUUACCGUUCACUGUAUCACCACCGAGACUCAUACCUACCCUAACAUUUUUAUGCUUAGCCUUGAUGAAAGAAAUAUGAGAAGGGGUGAGGUUAUCAGUGUCCCAAUAUAUCAGGAAGUCACCAUUAGUUGGUUCUGGUGAAAUUGUAUUUGUGUAGUCUAUAGCAAAGGAUAGGAGGAAGUGAAACUCAACGUUCGGAUUAAUUGGAACAUCAGAAAAUGUGACAUUCUUGCCUAGCGCUCCAAUAUAUUCUCUGAAAACCACAGGACAGCUUGGUGAAACUGUCGCGGUUAUACGUGAAAUGGUCAGGAGAGUUUGAAGGACAAGAAGGGAGACACAGAAUUUGAAAAACUCCAUGUUUUUUUCUGCAGUUUGAAGGAUUCCUUGUACUACUUGUUGGUAUUUAAGUAAAACUGAUAUCAAUAUUUAAAGUAAGACAUUUUUUGUUA